UGCCUGUAGAAGUACAUAAUGAAAAUGAAAAUACUCAAGAAAAUACAUAUAAUAACAAACAAGAAAGUCAAAGCAAAAAUACUCAAGAAGCAAAUGAAAUAAAUAUGGAUGAAAAUAAUUAUGUGAAGACUAGUAAUGAAUGUGAGGGAGAGUCUGAAAGUAAUGAAAAUAGAAAUGAGUCUGAUAGAAGUGAUAAUGAAAAUAGGGAUGAGGCAGAAGAUGAUGAGUACUAUAAUGAAGAAGAUGAAGAUAAUACUGUUACCAUCACCAAUAACAACAGACAACAUAUUAGAAAACAAAAAGAAACAGAAGACGAUGUUGAUAAAAAUGAGCCAAAUACAGAAGAAGGAUCUAUCGGAGAAAUAAUAUAUAAUAAUCAAUAUUCUGAACGAGAUGCUCGGUCAAAGCUUUAUGAUGAAAUAUUGGUAUAUUUACCAAAUGUCAAGAGAGGACUCUUAAGAAAAAGAACCAAAAAAGCAAACAAGGUCUAUACACUAUUUAGACAAAUCG